CAGAAAAAUCGCCUUUGUCCAGUUGGUAACAGUGUUGCCGUUCAACUAGACUAAUACAUUGUUGCAAAAUCAACUAGACUGAUUGCUGAUACUUUGUUGCAAAAAAGGUACUCCGGUGUGAAGCAGUGGAGAUCUAGCAAGUGCGGCGAAGCCCAAAUAAUAUCCUCCAUCGGGAGCAGCAGCCAUGUCUCAGUCCAGUGAGUGUCUGCCUCAGUCCUUUGCCUUCACCAGCUGUGGCAGCAGCAGCAGCGAUGGCUCUUCGGACGAGUGGGAGCCUUGCAGCGCCCCAUUUCUCAGGAGCCCCAUGCAACAACACCUCUCCCAAGCCUGCCGCAGGAGCCCCAGGAGCCCCAUCAUGCAGCACCUCUCCCAAGCCUGCCGCACCCCCAGGGCUCAGCGCGUUCGCAGCAUAGGCCUACCCCAGUCUCCCUCCUUCUCCUCUUCGGCCAUUCCUUAUGCUGCCUUGAACAAGCUGACGCUGUGUGAAUCCCCAAACACACCAAAGAGUCUGCUGUCCAAGUCGGCCCAGCCCAGGUCCUCUCGUAGGCCCCUAAGCAGCCAGAAGAAUAUGUGCUCCCCCUUCAGCCGACUCAGCUGCAACGUGAACCCCUUCACCACAGAGACCGUCCGCAGGACCAGCGAGCACUGCAAGAGGAAGUGUCGCCGUAGCGAUGAUGAGGAUGAUGCUGACCACAGACCAAAAGAUGACCAGACCUCAUCUGAUGAAGAAUACUGUCUACCACCAAAGAGGCCCGCCGUGCAGGCGCUCAUGUUGUCACGGUACGAGAGCGAGUUCCUGGAGUUGGACCGACUGGGCGCGGGCGAGUUUGGCACCGUCUACAAGUGCGUGAAGAGGCUGGACGGCUGCCUGUACGCCAUCAAGCGCUCCAGCUACCCCCUCGCGGGCUCCGCUAACGAGCAGCUGGCCCUGAAGGAGGUGUAUGCCCACGCUGUUCUGGGACACCACCCCCACGUGGUGCGCUACUACUCCGCAUGGGCAGAGGACGACCACAUGAUCAUUCAGAAUGAGUAUUGUGAUGGUGGGAGUCUCCUGGAUGUCAUUACUGAAAAGGAACAGCAGGGGGAGUUCUUCAGGGAGCUGGAACUGAAGGACCUGCUGCUCCAGGUGUCCAUGGGCCUGAAGUACAUCCACAGUUCAGGCUUGGCGCAUCUGGACAUUAAACCCAGCAAUAUUUUUGUGUGCCUGAGGCAUGGCUCCAGUGCAGCAGGGGAGUGUGAUAGUGAGGAGGAGGAAGAUACAUACUCAUCAGGAGUCAUUUACAAAAUUGGUGAUCUGGGUCAUGUGACCUCAGUGUCCAGUCCUCAGGUGGAGGAGGGAGACAGUCGCUUCCUGGCCUCUGAGGUCCUGCAUGAGGAAUACAGCCAGCUGCCCAAAGCGGACAUCUUUGCCCUGGGACUGACGGCGCUGCUGGCCGCGGGUGCCCCUCCGCUGCCCCAGAACGGAGAGGAGUGGCACCGUCUGCGCCAGGGACAGCUGCCCAGCCUGCCUCAGAAGCUGUCGGCCGCCUUUAGAACUCUCCUUCAGGAUAUGAUUGACCCGGACCCAGCUGUGCGGCCCUCGGCGUCAGUAUUGGGUAAACACCCCUCGCUACGGAGGAAGAGGGCUGGCAAGAUAGCUGCCGAACUUCGCAAGGAGCUAAACGUGGAGAAGUUCAGGUCGGCCAUGCUGGAAAGGGAGUUAAAGGAGGCCAAGAUGGCAGCACUGUCCCCUGUGCAGAAAGCCCCAUCCGUGGGUCACAGCGACCACAUGGGCCCCCUACCCAGAACAGGAACAGGGCGCCGGCUGGUUGGCCGGAACACUGUGAAGUCUGUCAGCUUUAAUUGUCUGGGCCGUUGAUAUCUCUCUCUCUCUCUCUCUCUCUCUCUCUCUCUCUCUCUCUCUCUCUCUCUCUCUCUCUCUCUCUCUCUCUCUCUCUCUCUCUCUCUCUCUCUCUGAUGAGUUGUUGUUUUAACAGUAAAGCGCUUAUGUCUAAGCACAUUUGAAAAUUCCUCUGCCACAUGGGACUCUGCAUUGACAAAGCUAGUCACAAAAUUUCAAGGAGUUGAACAUUUGAUGUGUGGACUUGAAGCAUGUUACUGAUGUGAUGUACAAAGUUAUGAACUGUUGAGUAGCACUGUUUUAGUCACAAAGUUGUUUUCUUUUUUUCCCCCGAUUGGAUUGUUUUGUGUACUUAUGUUUGACUGGAUUUUACAUAGUGUGUAUUUUCCUUUUAUAUUGAACUGUAACUGCAUUGGUAGUGGAACUGUUUGCGAAGACAUUUGACCAACCUGAGUGGUUUUGUGACCAGCUUUUGCCAUUUUAAUUGUGGCUUUUAACCAUGCACAUGAACUGUAAAUAAAGUUUACGGCUUUAUCUAUUC